AUGCCACAAGUGUAUUUACCCCAAAUAUUGUGGCAUAGCAAAGAUAACAAACGGAGCGACCGAAUUUAUUCUGUGGACAUACAACCACACCCCAACUACUACAGCGUCAAAAAGCUAAAUAAGAAAUAUGAGUUAUUUAAAAAAUUUAUAAAAGAUAAAGAAAAUAAAUGUGACACACAUUCUUCAGUGCAGAAGGAAGAGCCGGGGGAGAAUAACCCCCCCUUGUCUUUCGUCCAUCAAAAUGGCAUGCAAAAAAACGGGGAAGUUAUAAUAGAGGAAGACAUAAUCGGCGAUGACACAAAAUGCGAGGUAAGCACCGUUCACAACACGGUGAACCUUAGUAGUCAUGAAAAUGCCACAGAUGAUAACGAAAAAAACAGCACAGUCAAGAAAAAUAAUUGCUGUGAUACCAGUACGGGGAACAGUUCCCCCCAAGAAAAACUCACCCCUGUGCCCCUGAAAGGCGAACAAGAACAUGUAGAGAGUGACAUCCAGGACGAAGAGGAUAAAAAAACUACACAAGGCAAAAAAAAAUCUAUCAAGUUUAACAUCGCCACCUGUGGCGCAGAUGAAUUUGUGCACUUAUGGAGAAUAUAUAUUAAAGACGACUUGAUAGUCAAAUGUUUAAGCAGGUUUAUCGGUCAUAACGGAGAAAUAAAUUGUGUCCGUUUUAACAAAAAUGGUAGAUAUUUAGCCAGUGGAGGGGAAGACAAAUUCUUAUACAUUUGGGAAAAAAGCAAAAAACCAAAAAAUAUUCCUCUAGGGUAUGAUAUAAGCUUUCUAGAUUAUAAGGAAUGGUGGAAUAUAGUGGGCUCAUUCAGAUGCAGUGGAGUUAUCAACAGCAUCACUUGGUCGAAUAACGAUACCUUAUACAUAGGAAAUGAGGAUAAUAACAUUAACAUAAUAGAAUUUGUUAAAAACGGGAAUUGCAAGGUAAAGGUUUUAGAAGGACACGCAGGAUUUAUCCAAGGAAUAUCACUCGAUCUGAACAACGAGUUUUUGGCUUCUCUUAGUGCUGACCAGACCCUCAAAAUAUGGAAAAAAAAAAACGAUGGGAAAUCAUGGAAACUGGAAAAUUCCAUAAAAAAUAUAAAAACAGACCAGCUAGAAAAACGAUCCACCGCUUACAUCACGUAUAAUGAGUAUGAGUUUAACGAGAAGGGCGCAGACAGACAUGAACACUCUGCAACUAAAAUUGACGAAAAGAAAGAAAUGCAAUGCAGACCGGAUGAUUUGACCGAAGAAUUCCCAAAUGAAAGGAAAGGCGAUGCAGUUGAAGGACAAAAGGAGAAAGAAAAGGCCGAGCAGAAGGGAACAUUCGAAACACAGGGGAUACGCGCAGAAAAUGAGGACCAUGAAGAAGAUUACGUUGAUGAAAAUAAAAACAAAAUGUGCACGCGAAAAGAAGAAAAAGAAGUUGGAGAGAAUGAACCCGAAGAUGAGGAAGAAGAAGAGGAAGAAAAAAAAUUAAAAAGAUGCUUGUUCUCAAGCGAAGAAAUGCUGCCUUCCUUUUUCAGACGCAUUGAUUUUUCCCCCAAUGGAGAAUUUCUAAUAGCACCAAGUGGAAUUCAAUUCGAACAAAUUGAAAAACUGCAUGACAAAAACACAAAACCAGAAGAAAAUGUAAAAACAGUCACCCAAACAAAAGCGUUCAGCUGCUUCUAUAUAUAUCAUAAGAAUUUGUUCAUUAGGUACAAUAUCCCAUUUUUUACUGUUUUCUCCCAAACCAGCCAUUUUCUAGUAGCCAAAUUUAAUUAUAAUACUUUUAAGUUAAGGACACACCAUAAUAUACUCAAACGAUGCUACAAGCAUUUGAUGAGCUCAACGUCAAAUGAUGCAGAUGGAUGUGACAAUGCGAAUAAAAAAAGAAAAAUGUUCGAUGAAGACGGGUUUAUUAAUGAAUUAAAAAAUUAUGAACAUUUGAUAAAGCUAAAUUAUGAGAAAACUUUGCUCUUUAACGACACUGAAGUGCAGGAUGAUGUGAGCGAAGAUGUUAGUAGCACUAUCUCGGAUAGCGACGUCCAGUAUGAUGACGAGAAAGAGGAUUUCAUAGACUCCACAGGGGACUACUCCCUGUCCAAUAACCUUGACAAGAAUGAAGAGGAGCAGGAGAAAGAGGAGUGUGAAGAUUUGGUGGGCGAAGCGGAAGAAGCAGAAGAAGACACGGAGGAAGAUGCCGAUGAAAACGAAGAUAAUGAAGAUAACGAAGAUAAUGAAGAUAACGAAGAUAAUGAAGAUAACGAAGAGAACGAAGACAACGAAGAGAACGACGAAAACGGAGAAAAUGAGGGAAAUGACGAAAAUAGCGAAACUGAACAAAACGACCAACAUGACAAUAUCGAAGGGGAGGCGCACCUCGAUCUAAAGCAGGACACCGCCGAUAAAUGCAGCGAACAAAAAAAAGAGCUAGAGAUUUGCGAAACGAAGGACAAAAAAGAAGAAAGAUUCAUUUACUCUUUGGGAACCUUUGACGGAAGCGUCUACUUUUACGACAGCCAAAUUCUGGACACUCCAAUUAGCAUAGUCAAAAAUAUACACCUGUGCCCAAUCACAGAUAUAUCAUGGAAUAACCUGGGCAACAUAUGUGCAUGCUCGAGUUCAGACGGAUAUGUUAGCUUUUACUACUUUGAUCAUAACGAAUUGGGCGAGGUGAAAGCGUACAAUAAUUACUACUUUGAGAAAAAAUGUAACGACUUAACAUUCGACGAACAUUACUUUGAAAGUACCUUCUACGACGAAGUAGAUUUUUUUAACAAAGACCAGCUACAUGAUUAUACGUCCAGCGAAGAUGAAUGCGAAGAAAUCAACCUGUCAGUAAACAAAGAAGAAACGAAAGUUCGAAAAAUCAAUUUGAUCGUGGGUAAUGCGGCUAAUUUUGUCCUAGAGCAAAAUACAAAGAAGUGA